GUCUCCUUUGAAACAAUACCAGAGGCAGCCAAUCCCAUCGCGUCCCGUUCAGGGUCUAUGGCCGCCCUUUCUAGUUAAGUAGGUCGACCCCGGUUAAGCUGCUGGAUCUGUCGCGGCUAGCUCCAGGGAGUAGGCUUGCUCCUGCUGGAGUAGGUCCGCGUCCGGGCCCGCCCCCUUGUCGCCACUGACCGCUUCUCCCUGGCUUGCGCGUUUACUUUGCCAGACGGGAUAGCGAGCUCGCUUAACCUCUGAGGUUGGCUCCAGCAUCUACUACUGUAGUCGCCACUGACAACUCAAGUACCAUGUUUCCUGCAAUGUCAAAUGUUCCUGCCUGCCUGGUUUCCCAGGAACUCUCAUCCACAACCUCAACGACUACUACUACCACCGUUACCACCAAUACUACUACCACAAUGACAAGUGGUUUCAACCUGUAUUUCAAACCACCAGCAUCACCUUGGACUAGUGACACUGGCUUAAUCAGUGUGGCUUCCCUACCAGUUACCAUGACUGUAAACUCAAUAGUGACUCCUGUGAUGACAUAUGAUCGCCUGGAUAGUGUGGUGGACAAGUGGAACUUUCAACUUCAAGAGCAAGAAAAACGCUUUCUUUAUCAGGCCAACCCACUUAAUGUUUGGAACCAUACACUGAUUGAGAGUGGUGAUGAGUUUACUCUUUUACACAACGAAAUGGAAAAGGUGAAACUGGAUCAAAGCAGGUUGGAGCGAGAAUUGGAUUUUAUUCUGUCACAGCAGAAGGAACUGGAACGUCUGUUGACUCCUUUGGAGGAGUUUGUGAAGGAACAGAAUCUGCCGUUUAAUCUGCUCUAUGUAGAUAAAGAGUAUGAGAGAAUCUACAAAUUAGCAGAAAACAUAGAUGCUGAGCUGAAAAGAAUGUCUCAAGAUCUCAAUGACAUUAUUGUUCAUCUGAAUACACUUGGAAGUCCUGAUGACACUUCUAUACCUCUUCAGCAGAUCUGCAAAAUUCUGAGUACUCAUAUGGACUCUCUGCAGUGGCUUAGUCAGAACUCAGGCAUAAUGCAGAAGAAGGUUGAAGAGGUUACUAAGGCUUUUGAAGAGUAUCGUCGCAGGGAGCAGGAGUGCAAUAUGAAGAUUGCCUUCAAAUAACUGUCUCCCUCAGCCCACUCUAUUUGGAUUAUUCAUAAUACCUGAAUUCUGAUGCUAUUAAAUAGAGUAGUUUUACAGUUAAUACUUAUCUUUGAUUGCAUUAAUUUGUGCAUGUGUCUGAUUCUGAUUAUUUUUCAUUUAAAUACUGUAAAGAGAAGUAUCCAAUUUUUCUUUGAGAAUGAAAUAAAAUCCAGGCUGAGGGCAUAGCUCAGUGAUAGAGUACUUAUCCAGACUUAAGUAAAAGGUGUAUUAGCCCCCUUGCCCAGGAAACUACCUAUUAGGUAUUGGUUUUGUGUGUAUAAUCUAUAUCUUGCUCACGUAGAGUCUGCAUCCUGUCACCUGUACACACCAACUCCCUACUGAAUUAAGAAGAUGUUUGCCAAAACGUACAUGCCAUCAAGUCUUUACUGGGCAUUUGCUGUCAUUCACAUAAUGUGCUAUAUACUGUAAAGUCUCAAGUGAAUUUUACUAUCUACUCUGAGAUAUGAUGUUUAAGAUAUGAUUUUUAUCUGUGAAAGACAAUAUGGGCAAUGAAAGGAAGUGUAUCAUCACUUACAACAAGUGACUUUCAGAGAAGGUAGUAUGGUUUUGUGGAUUAGGGAUUUAAUCAGGGCUGUUAUUUUUCCUUUGGUUCUAGAGAUCAAAUCCAAUGCCACACUCUUGGAUCAUAUACUCAGCACUGAAUUGUUUUACUUUUAAGAUUCACUUAAUUUUGACUACAUAUAGAUACCUCAGUGGUCUGGUUUGGUUUGGUUUGAUCAAGAUCUCAUUGUAUAACCUAGGCUGGCUUGGAACUUACAAUCCUCAUGCCUCAAUUUUCCAAGUAUCGUCACACCUAGGUAUCCUAGAGACUGAUUUUCAUGUGUUUUGUUUUGUUUUAGCAUAUGGUUUGGACCUGUUUUUUGUAUAACUUUUUAUGUUCUUAAAGGAAAAAAAGCCUUCUUCUUAGCUAAAACAUCUCAGUCUCUUGUGCUUCAUCAAGUCAUUAAUAUUGUGAUGUCCUAAAAGUGAAAAUAAACAGAUUAAAAGUUAA